AUGCGCGCUGUCCAGGGUCCUGGCCUUGAUCUGCGCGUCAUCCUUGUCAGCAUGGUGGUGUUAAAUCAGGCAACCUCACGUGCCGUUGACCACCUUCUCGAUCGCGAUCCCCAGGUCUCGACCCCGGUUCUCAACCUUACUUCGGCGAUGACGAUCAUCCUCUUCGAUACACCCACAUUUCCGCCUGAAAUAUGGCUACAGAUAUUAUGGUAUCUUGACUUGCCAGACAUUGAUUCCAUUGGGAGAACAUGCCGCAUCUUACGCCGGCUCACCAAGGACCCUGCCCUCCAACGUGUACGAUUAUUAGUCUUCACUCCAGAGCGCGUCAGUCGCUCUCUCUUUUCAGCCAACCGGCCCACUGUGCUCGAUUUGGUUCACUGGAAUAUCCUGCGUGGGCUUGGAAUCGAGCGCAAGUGGCGUGCAGGGCAGUAUCUUUAUUCUACCUCGUCUGUUCGUCAAUUCAAUGCCAUGAUCAAUAUUGAACAAACCCGGAUUCGAAGCAAGCUGUCUUCUUUGCUGCGUACACCUCGGUCAUCGGCACGAGCAACACUAUACCCGCGAGUUCUUCCUGAUAUCGAAGCAUCGUCCUCUCAUAUUGCUCGAGCACUCCUUCCCGCUGUUCAUUCUCUCAAUGCCAGUCUCCGUCGUCAAGGACUUACACGAGCCAUUCGUGAAGGAACAAGGCGCAACGUGGGAUGGUUCGAAGGUAAAGGACGAGAGCUCGGCGUCUCAGGUGAGUGGGAGAGGCUGGCCGUGUGUCCGAGUGUGAGGAAGAGUAUCAAAGUUUGGGAAGAGAUCCUUGCCCAUAAGGCUUGA